AUGCUUCUGUGCCUCACCGUGCUUGAAUUCUGCAGUGUUCCGUCUCUGGCGUCUUUCUUUCGUCAAAGCAAGGCUUUCCCCAAUCAACGCCUGUGUUUGUGGCGUAUCGUAGAAGCAUUGACGGCCGGGUGCUUGCAUACUCAUGCACUGGUACUGGCGUCUGGAGUGGAAAAUACUGGUCUUCAGGCUCAGGGCAGCGUCCAGGGCCGUAACAUACUUGAAGCACAAAGACCAGAUGCCGCUUUGUUGUUUUCUGAGGCUGAUCUCUGCGUCCAUCUUUGGAGGUGCAAUGACCCAACUACGAAGUAUACAAUGAAUUGA